GGAGGCCGGAGCGCGAGGAGGAUGCCGACCGUAAAAGCCGCACUAUUACCUUGCCUUUUCACGUUGUAAAUCACUGUCUGUGGCAUGACCAUGGUUACCAGGAAGUGGGCCAAGAUCUUGUACAAGGAGCAAGGAGUCCCAGACAACUAUGUUGAUGAUUCCUUCCUAGAUGAACUGAAAAAGAAUUUACAUACAAGAACAUAUGAAUAUUGGAAUGUUGUACGUGAAACAGGAGUGGUCACCCAACAACUAAGCAGUGUGUGCUUGUUUGUUGUCGCCCAUAUCUUCAUGCUGAAGGAGCGGUUGUCCCCAUCCUUCCUGCUGUGUGUUGGCGGAUUACUUACUGUGUGUGGAUAUCCAGUGUUUAGAUGGCUAGAGAGGCCAGACAAUAAUGCCAAAGUUCAAAGGUCUGUUUUAGAUGACCUACGGUCCAGCUGUAUUUUUCUCACAUUCUCGUUUGGGAUGUCACCCAUACUGAAGACCUUGACCGAUUCAAUCAGUACAGAUACCAUCCAUGCUAUGACGGUGUUUAUGCUACUGGGUAACCUAAUCUUCUAUGACUAUGGUACAACGAAAGUUGUUGCCUCUCAGCAUCUGUCGCUGAAUGCAUCGAUCUUUGCUGCAGUGUGUCUUGCAUCAAGACUACCAACUACUCUCCAUGCUUUUGCCACAGUGAUUCUUGCCAUGCAGCUCUUUGCCCUCUGGCCCACACUCAGGAAACGAUUAAAGAAAGAGGUUCCCAAGACCCAGCCCAUCAUGACAUGGGUUAGUGCUGGCAUUGCCUUCAUCGCUUUGUACUCUGUUAGAGUUGUCCCUGCCAUAGCAUUUGGGCUAGCUCACCUGUUUAUAACCUAUCUGUGCCCCUUGUGGCUCAUCAAAUUACAACCAUAUAAAAAUAACAUCCACGGUCCUUGGGAUGAGGCCAUCAUACAUCACUAGUAGGAGAAGGUCUGAAGUAGCCACAUCACGUCUUUCAUUACCUACGGGAUACAAUUAGGGAGUUCUAUAUUGAAGGUAUUAUCACCUGAAGAAGAUGAUCUGAUGCAACUACCUCAAGCCGUCUAGGAGUAGGAUUUCCCUUUAGACAAGCAGAGUGCCAUAUUGAAGGUAUUUACAUUAUGAGGAGGAGACCUCUUGCAACUGCAACCAAGUCUUUCAUCAAGUAUGAAUUUCUGUAAUAAUGAUGGUAAUUGAUACUACUAGCAAGAGAUAUGAUGGAACUGCCUCAGGUCUUUUGUCAAGUACAGAGUUCCCUAGGUAUUAAUAUUACUUGCUUGAGAUCUGAGCUGACCUCAUCAAGUCUUUCAAAGGUAUAGAGUUAUUUUUCAAAUAUGAAAGGUGUUUUCUUUCGUGUGCGUAGUUCAUACUGAAAGGGGCUGUCACUUGAGGGCCCUGUGACACGGAGCUUAGCGAACAAUCUGGGGGCUGAUUUUUACGAUUGAUCAUACAUGCUUAUCAAUAUGAGCAAUGUAAUGAAUUGUAGAAAUGAGCCCAGUGAUCAAUCACUGAACUUCAUGUAACCCAGACAUGGAUAUUUGAGGCAGCAUAUGCUGAUGAACAUUUACAUAUGGCAAGCUGUAAUAUAUCAUUCACUCCUAUUUCACAAAUAUCAAGAAAUGGGAAAAGAUGAUAGAAUGGCUUUCCGUAUGUAGAUCAGCAUACACUUGCCCUUUCAAUUUUUGUAUUGUAUGAAAUGUAGUAGCAGUAUAUAAAAUCAUUUAUCUGAAGCUGAUUGAGUAUAGUACAAAGAUAUCUGCUUUGAUGUAAAAUCUCCAAGAUCAUUUGGUAACUUAGUCAUGGUUUCCCAUGAAAUUAUUAUGUCUCUUUUAGACAGCUGCAUCAUGUUCAGCUGUCAACUUGGCCUGCUGGUUCGCAAAAAUUGAUGAUUUACUUUAAUAGGCAUGGCACCAAAAAUCCCUUAUGCAUCGCUACUUGUCGUGACUGAAUCGCAAGAUCCGGGUCUGAUUCCAGACGGAGCGACGAGAGCCGACGCAACCCGAUGACACCCCUUUUUCCAUUCAUUUUGGGUGACAUCCCUUCCUGUUGCAUCCUUUUAUCUUGCCGAACCCGCUGAUUGGAGCAUCUUGCUUCGUCGCAAAUAAGUAUAUAUAUAAAACACAAGUAAAUAAUGAACAUACAAAAGUGUUGCAACAUAAGCUAAAAGCUUGAUUGGUUGAAGCACCUUUACACUGGUUUUGCAUCCAAGAAAACGAAAUAAAAUGUAAGAAUAAGGAAGAGAGGAAAGAAAGAGAAGAAUAUAAAAGUGAUAGAUUGCCAAGAUAUAACAAUUAAGUUUCAAGUUUUUAUGAAUAUAUGGUAAUAGUAAUUCAACAACAAAGUUAAAUUCUUAGUCUUCAGUUACGAAGAAAAGAA